AGGCACUUAGAAGUAAACUAGGUUAAGAAUCAUGUUGUAAGUGACCCACCAAUGUGAUGAAUUCACCAUGCCUUGCUGUGCCGAGACGUUUGCAAAGUUCAUUCACUAAAGCACAGUUGAAGACGUACUGUGACAAACUCGGUGUCCCAUUGCAGGCUUCUGAAGCGAAAAUAAAACAAGCAUAUUAUAAAAAAAGUUUAUUGCAUCAUCCUGAUCGUAACCAAGGCAACAAACAAUCUGUGAAACUAUUUGCUGAAAUCAAUGAAGCGUAUCAAGCGUUGCUAAGUGAUCGAAGAGAUUCAAACGAAUCACAGGAUUUUUCGAAUCGUUGGAAGUUUAAAUCAAAUACUGAGUUCCGGACAUGGCAAGGUCGUAGAACUGAAACUAAAAGGGGUCAAGGCUCGUCAUGGCAGAAUGUUCAUCCAGACGACGAUCAACAAUCACGUGACAACUACAUGGAAACGUCUAACGAUACACGGUCUGGUUGGUACGGACGAUUCUAUGCACAAAGUGUUGCUCGAGACUUUGCGAUUCACCGAGCAGAGAGAGCGAAAAGAACUAGCCAGCCGGAAUCAAAACCGAAUAAUGAAUCUUGUGUGGUCAUGUAGCGGUGGUUGUUGAAAUAUUUCGAAAAAUUAUAUUUAUAUAUUUCAAUAUUUAUCAAACCAGUUCGCGGCAUCUUGAUCAGUACCUGAUCAUUUCAUGUUGUUUUUAAAAUUUUAGUAAAUUCUACUCUUCUUCUAAAUAAAUACUUGUAAGAUGAUUCUUAUAUUAUUUUUAUUUCAAUAAACCUCACGCAACACA